AUGACAGAGAAGCAGCCCAGUACAUCAGAAAUUACUGAGACCUCUCCUUCCCACAUCAAGUGUGAAGUCAAAACAUGGCAUCUGCAUCAAAAAGAAGACGGCACGGAAGAGAAGACUUCUGUUGAAGGCUUUGGUCACGUCGAGCCGUCAACAGAUCACUUCGCCCUGGUUGUGACCCGGACGAUAGAUAAGAAUCACAAACUCGAAAAGACAACACUCGACGUCAAUUCUCCUUACAUCUUGAAGGCAUUCCGAGAUGUCGUCAAGUCACACCCGACUAUCCCUUCCGACUUCUCAUCGCCCGUAUCAAUACCUGUUCCCUCGGAGAUGUUGUUCCACCACUGGGACGACUUGCACAGCUACAGUUCUGAUCUGGAAGACGAUACUGCCCGUUCGCAUCUUGAGUUGCUACUGAAGUUCAUGGACUUUGACAUGGGCGCUGCAAGAAAGAGCUAUCAAGUACAGGUCCGUAGCGGCCUCGUCGAGUUCGCUAGACUAGGCAUCCUCUUCCGCCCGGGGGAUACAGUCGUCACCUACGUCAAAUCUCACCCGUGGCUCCUCAAAGUGGACAAGACUGCAUUCGAGACGCACGACAAAAGAGGCAAGUACUGUGAAAUUCAAUGUUCAUACUCUGACUACGACGGCGACAAGUACGGAGUUUCCAAACACACCUUCCGCCUCUUUAAGAAGNNGGAAGACUUUGGUUCGGAUCAUCCCUCCAAGAUCCUAGAUCUCAAGCUCUAUCCUCGGACUUGUGCACCUGAUGAUAAGGAACUUGAGCAGAGCUUGCGUAAAAGAGGUCAGCUUUUCUUGUCCAUCACUGGUAUCUUAGUCCGCCAAUACGAUGGCGGCGCUCAAUAUCUGAAAACGCCUCCUCUUUCCUUUUUCCACCCUGAAGAGGACGACUGGCCCCAACUGUGGAUGCCCUUCACCGAAACAGGACGAGUCAUCAUUGACCGCAAGACCUUCGAGCAAGACCACCCCAGCGGCAUCAUCAGCAAGAGACCCCUUGAAUCUCUCGAUACUGCUCUGUGUCCNCCUUACGUGCUCGGCUUCUCUUGCAGCCGCAAAGAUUGGUGUCGUUUCUUCAUCACCAACAUCAGCGAAGUCGCGUGGAAGCCUAAUGCAUUCGAUGAACUCAUCUUGCCCCAGAGUCAACUCAAUCUCGUUCGUGCACUUGUUACCUCCCACACCUUCCCCGCCGAUGCUCGCGACGAAGACCAGCAGAAAGGGAAAGGUCUAGUCUGUCUACUCCACGGCCCUCCCGGCUCUGGAAAGACCUUGACAGCAGAAUGCGCCGCCGAAACAACCCANAAAGCACUCAUCCGCGCCUCCAUCUCCGAACUCAACAAACACGACUCUGCCUGGUUUUUCGAAUACGAGUUAACCCGCGUGCUCCGCCUAGCCACAACCUGGAAAGCCAUUGUCCUUCUCGACGAAGCAGACGUAUUCCUAGAAGCCCGUGGAGACGAUUCCCACGAUGCAGCCAAUAGAAAUGCUUUAGUUGCUGUGUUUCUCCGCCACUUGGAAUACUUUUCGGGCAUUGUGUUUUUGACUACCAAUCGCAUUCAGGUGUUUGAUGCUGCGAUGAAGUCGAGAGUGCAUUUGGCUUUGGGAUACCAUGAACCGUCUCAAGACUCUCGACGCAAAAUCUGGAAACAGAGUUUGGAGAGACAGGCUCAGGUGCUCUUGGGCAGUGCUGGAGAAGAGGUUGAUGUAGAUGGUGCUGCAGACUUGUUGUGUGGAGAGCAGUUGAAUGGCAGAGAGAUCUCUAAUGCUAUUCAUACCGCAAGCACGUUGGCGAGGUAUGCAGAGGAACAACUGGCUCUGAGGCAUAUCCAGGAGGUGCUAGGUGUGAGAAGAGACUUUGAGGCUACGUUGGAGAAGAUGAAGAAAGGGACCUUGGAGCAUGCUUCUGAGAGUAGCUCUGCCAUCAAGCGGAACUCGAUUAUUGAUUGA